AUGACAGAAUCAACACCCGUCGGACCCGCAAUUGAGCUUCCCAUUCUCGAUAUCUCCAACCCCGAGGAUCCAGCUGCUGGUAAGGCUAUCCUAGACGCUGCCACCAAAUACGGCUUCCUGUACGUGGAUAGCAAAGGGACUGAUUUCAGGGCCGAGGAUGUGGAAAAGGCGUUUGAACGGUCAAAAACCUUCUUUGCGUCACCAGCGGAGGAAAAAGAGCCCUGUCGGAUUCAGUCGAAUAAUCGUGGCUGGUCUGGCAUGCACUCGGAGACUCUAGACCCUGAGCAUCAGCGCACCGGCGAUUUCAAGGAAGCCUUCAACUUUGGCGAAUUCGCCUCUGGCAAAGCCCAACAGCCCCUCCCCAAAGCCCUCGCCCCCCACGAGGAUGAGAUCGGCCGCUUUGCCGACCUUUGCACCAAGACCUGCAACCGGAUCCUGAAGCUACUUGCCCUAGGACUUCAGAUCUCUCCGGACUUCUUCACAGCCCGGCACGACCCCUCGCAGGGCGAAACAGGCUGCAUCCUACGCUAUCUCUACUACCCAUCCAUCUCAGCACCGGCAACAGCGUCCUACGACCACACCGUCGAUGUGCGCGCAGGUGCACACUCCGAUUACGGAAGCAUCACGCUCCUCUUUCAGAGACCAGGCCAGCCGGGACUCGAGAUCCUAACACCAGAGGGUACGUGGGCGCCUGUCCCCGUUGAGCCAAAGGGCUGCUCGCCAUCAUCCUCGGAGUCUGGAUUCUCCUUCCCACCUAUCCUCGUCAACAUCGGCGACUUGCUAAGUUAUUGGACGGACGGGCUGCUAAAGUCGACUGUGCACCGGGUUGUGUUUCCCAUGGCGGAGCGGACGGGGAAUAGCUCGCAAGACCGGUAUAGUAUUGUGUUCUUUUGCCAUCCGCUGGAUAAGACGGAGUUGAUUCCUGUACCAAGUGAGGUUGUCAAGCGGUACCGGGAGGAGAAGGGGACGGGGAAUCAGGCCCAAGAGAGAGUGGGAUUUGGGGGCGGAGCGGGGGAUCUAGGGGCUGGAAAGCGGGCGCUGACGGCCGCGGAGCAUCUUGCCCUGCGGUUGAAUGCGACGUAUGAUUUUAGGCAGGAGGCGGCUGCUGCUGCUGCUGUAUAG